GGGUGGGAACGCUCUGACUGGGUUUGGCGUUUCGGGCAAUAAGGCGGCUGGGGAGAUCUGAAGCUGACGCCAAGGCACUUGAGUUAGCUUUAGCAGAAGAGAAAUGGAGGAGCCAUAGAACAUUAAGGAUGAAUUCAGGAAGACCUGAGACCAUGGAAAACUUACCUGCUCUCUACACUAUUUUCCAAGGAGAGGUUGCCAUGGUGACAGAUUAUGGAGCCUUUAUCAAAAUCCCAGGCUGUCGGAAGCAAGGUCUGGUCCAUCGAACUCACAUGUCCUCUUGUCGGGUGGACAAGCCUUCUGAGAUAGUAGAUGUUGGAGACAAAGUGUGGGUGAAACUGAUUGGUCGAGAGAUGAAAAAUGAUAGGAUAAAAGUAUCCCUCUCCAUGAAAGUUGUCAACCAAGGGACUGGGAAAGACCUCGAUCCCAACAAUGUUAUCAUUGAGCAAGAAGAGAGGCGGAGGCGGUCCUUCCAGGAUUACACUGGGCAGAAGAUCACUCUUGAGGCAGUCCUGAACACUACCUGCAAGAAGUGUGGCUGUAAAGGUCACUUUGCAAAAGAUUGCUUCAUGCAACCAGGUGGGACCAAAUAUUCUCUGAUACCUGAUGAGGAAGAGGAGAAAGAAGAGACAAAGUCAGCAGAAUUUGAGAAACCUGAUUCCAUGAGGAAUUCUUCCCGGAAAAGAAAGAAGGAAAAGAAGAAAAAGAAACACAGAGACAAGAAGUCAUCUGACUCCGACAGCUCAGACUCUGAGAGUGAUACAGGCAAGAGAGCAAAGCACACAUCAAAAGACAGCAAGGCGGCCAAGAAGAAGAAAAAGAAGAAGAAGCAUAAGAAGAAGCACAAGGAAUGAGAAUAGAAAAGAGGACGGGUGGUUGAGAGAAUAAGGAACCAGGAGUUUUGUGCCUUGAACUCUGGCUCCUGAAAAGACUCAAUAGUGAGAAUAUUGCCUCCCACCCCGUUGACAUCUAUGGGAAUGCAGCAAGCAGGUUUGGGAGUUACAGGUCAGAAGCAGCCGCCUGAAUGAGUUCUUUCUUUACUGCUUCUGAUCCCUUAGCAGUUGACCCCUGAGGCCCACCCAUUCAUUCACCCUAUUUUUUUUUCAUUCAGCAGGAGGUCUGUUUAUCCUCCUCAGCUACCACUGCCAGAGCUGGAUUCCUUUAUAGGAGUCAAGGCUAAAGCCACAAGUACUGCUAUGGAGGUGAGAGCCUGGCUGUAUCUGAACAGUGACUGGUGCCUUCCCGUUGUCUGUCUUGAACUGGGCGAUGAGUUAGUUUAUGCUGCCUACGGGGAAGCAGAGGGAAACUGGCAGCAAGAGGGAGAACGUGGUAAGAAGUGGUGCUCACUUUUUCCAUUCCCUAGUAUGGUUCUACUAAGCUAGAAGUGACAGCCAGUGACCACAGCCAUAAAACAGUCAUUUGCAGUUUGACUUAUCUUGUAUAUGACAUUCCAACAGACCACUGAACCAGACAUAUGAAGCCAAGGUGAUUGCUCUACUUUCUAUUUAUUACUGUAUGAUUUGGCUAGUUCCACUUCAGGUCUCUGCUUAAAUUCCUGGCACUAAAUGGAAAUGUGUUUGGUUUGAAA